AUACCAUACACAAAGUUCUAGAGUUAUUAUAUUUUGCAGAGAGAAGAAAAAUGGGUAGAGGGAGAGUUGAGCUGAAGAGGAUAGAAAACAAGAUCAACCGUCAAGUUACUUUCUCCAAAAGAAGAAAUGGCUUACUCAAGAAAGCCUAUGAACUCUCAGUUCUAUGUGAUGCUGAAAUCGCUCUUAUCAUUUUCUCAAGCCGUGGAAAACUCUCUGAGUUUGGAAGCUCACCUUCUGGCAUUGGAAAAACUCUGGAAAGAUACCAGAAGUGUUCUUUUACUUGUCAAAAUGAUAAUGAUAAUGUUAAUGAACAUGAAACUCAGAAUUGGUACCAAGAGAUGUCAAAGCUAAAGGCAAAGUAUGAGUCUCUUCAAAAGGCACAAAGGCAACUGCUAGGGGAAGAUCUUGGACCACUAAACAUAAAAGAGCUACAAAACCUUGAGAAACAGCUUGAAGCAGCUUUAGCACAAGCUAGGCACAGGAAGACACAAAUUAUGAUUGAACAAAUGGAAGAGCUUAGGAAAAAGGAACUCCGUCUUGGAGACAUAAAUAAGCAACUAAGGUUCAAGCUUGAAUCAGAUGGAUUUAAUCUUAAAGCUAUUGAAAGUUUGUGGAGCUCUAGUAAUUCUGCUGCUAAUGCUGCUGGAGGAGGCAACUAUCUUUUUCAGGCUUCUGAAACCAAUCACAUGGAUUGCCAACCUGAACCUUUCUUGCAAAUAGGGUACCAACACUAUGGUCAUGCUGAACCAUCAAGUGCUCCAAAGAGCAUGGUUGGAGAGAAUAGCUUUAUCCAAGGACAAGGAUGGAUCCUUUGAUUCUAUGACUUAAUAGAGUAUAUAUGUUUAUUACCUUAUUGUUUAUAGACAUUUUAGAUUCCAGUUUUUUCUCUUCUGCCAUAGACAAAAUGUAUCUUAAUUAUGUGUUGGAAGUUUGCAGAUGCAUUUUCUGUAAUGGGAUACAGAUAUAGACCUUGAUAUAUCUCUUUGAAGCAAUGGACUAUUGUAUGAAAUUGAAUGAACCAUA